GGCCCGACCGGCCUUCGUCGUCCGUCCCCGCGCGCGCCCUCCGAGAGUCGCCGCCGGCCCGGACCGAGCGAUCUCGCCCGCGGAGCGCCGGGGGCCGAUGGCGCGGGCCGCGUGAGGCGGCAGGCCGAGCGCGGCCGGCGGCGGCGGCGGCCCCCGCCCCGGCGAUGCGGGCCCCGCCCGUCGCCUCAGGUGCCGUUUGUAUAGUUCUUUAGUGACACGAUGUACUCGGAGUGGAGGUCGCUGCACUUGGUGAUCCAGAAUGAUCAGGGCCACACGAGUGUGCUGCACAGCUAUCCGGAGAGCGUCGGGCGAGAGGUGGCGAACGCAGUGGUCCAUCCUCUCGGGCAGGCCUUAGGCACCCCUUCAGUGGCUGGCAGUGAGAGUCUGUUAAAAACGGACAAAGAAGUAAAAUGGACCAUGGAAGUAAUUUGCUAUGGAUUGACCCUUCCAUUGGAUGGAGAGACUGUAAAAUAUUGUGUUGAUGUAUAUACAGACUGGAUUAUGGCUUUAGUGUUGCCGAAAGAUUCUAUUCCUUUGCCAGUUAUUAAAGAGCCUAAUCUGUAUGUUCAGAGUAUACUAAAACACUUGCAAAAUCUUUUUGUACCAAGACAGGAACAGGGCUCCAGUCAGAUUCGACUCUGCUUACAGGUCCUGAGGGCCAUUCAGAAACUGGCCCAUGAGUCAUCCAUCAUGGCUCGAGAAACUUGGGAAGUCUUACUGCUGUUUCUUCUGCAGAUUAAUGACAUCCUUCUAGCCCCACCAACCGUCCAAGGUGGCAUUGCUGAGAAUCUAGCAGAGAAGUUGAUUGGCGUUCUCUUUGAGGUGUGGUUACUAGCUUGUACGCGGUGCUUCCCAACACCUCCUUACUGGAAAACAGCGAAGGAGAUGGUGGCUAACUGGAGGCACCACCCGGCAGUGGUGGAGCAGUGGAGCAAGGUCAUCUGUGCACUCACUUCCAGGUUGCUGCGCUUUACAUAUGGUCCUUCAUUUCCUCCAUUUAAAGUUCCUGAUGAAGAUGCCAGUUUGAUCCCCCCUGAAAUGGAUAAUGAGUGUGUCGCACAAACAUGGUUUCGCUUUUUACAUAUGUUAAGUAAUCCGGUGGAUUUGAGUAAUCCAGCUAUUAUAAGCUCUACUCCCAAAUUUCAGGAACAGUUUUUGAAUGUGAGCGGAAUGCCUCAAGAAUUGAAUCAGUAUCCCUGCCUUAAACAUCUGCCUCAAAUAUUUUUUCGUGCCAUGCGUGGAAUCAGCUGUCUGGUGGAUGCAUUUUUAGGCAUUUCUAGACCCCGAUCAGAUAGUGCCCCUCCAACGCCUGUGAAUAGACUAAGUAUGCCUCAGAGCACUGCAGUCAAUACAACCCCCCCACAUAACCGGAGGCACCGGGCGGUUACUGUGAAUAAGGCCACCAUGAAGACAAGCACAGUUAGCACUGCUCAUGCCUCCAAAGUUCAGCAUCAGACAUCUUCCACCUCUCCUCUGUCAAGUCCAAAUCAGACUAGUUCAGAACCCCGGCCACUGCCUGCCCCCCGGAGACCAAAGGUUAACAGCAUCUUGAAUCUCUUUGGAUCAUGGUUAUUUGAUGCAGCAUUUGUUCACUGUAAACUCCAUAAUGGGAUAAACAGAGACAGCAGCAUGACUGCAUCUUUUAUCCAAAUUCUUCUUUCUUAUAAAUCUUCCAUCACAACACAAGCUAGCAUGGAGUUUCGACGGAAAGGGUCCCAAAUGUCCACAGACACCAUGGUUUCCAAUCCUAUGUUUGAUGCAAGUGAAUUUCCUGAUAACUAUGAAGCAGGAAGAGCUGAGGCUUGUGGGACACUUUGUAGGAUUUUUUGUAGCAAGAAGACUGGAGAAGAGAUUCUGCCAGCUUAUUUAUCCAGAUUUUACAUGCUUUUAAUUCAAGGUUUGCAGAUAAAUGAUUAUGUAUGCCAUCCUGUCUUGGCCAGCGUUAUUCUAAACUCCCCUCCUUUGUUCUGCUGUGACUUGAAAGGGAUUGAUGUUGUGGUUCCUUACUUUAUUUCAGCUCUUGAAACCAUUUUGCCUGACAGAGAACUCUCAAAAUUCAAAAGCUAUGUAAAUCCAACAGAACUGAGAAGAUCUUCCAUUAAUAUCCUGCUUUCUUUGUUGCCCCUCCCUCAUCACUUUGGCACAGUCAAAUCUGAGGUGGUCCUGGAAGGAAAGUUUAGUAAUGAUGACAGUUCUUCCUAUGAUAAACCAAUAACUUUUUUGUCUUUGAAGUUGAGACUUGUGAAUAUACUAAUAGGUGCCUUGCAAACAGAAACAGACCCCAACAACACUCAGAUGAUACUAGGGGCAAUGUUAAAUAUUGUUCAAGAUUCAGCACUUUUAGAAGCCAUUGGUUGCCAAAUGGAGAUGGGUGGGGGUGAAAAUAACCCGAAGAGUCAUAGUCGCACCAAUAGUGGAAUUAGUUCAACAAGUGGUGGAAGCACAGAGCCCACUACUCCUGACAGUGAAAGACCUGCACAGGCUCUCCUAAGGGAUUAUGGUAAGCUGUCUCUUAAUACAGAUUCAGCUGCUGGACUCCUGAUUCGCAGCAUUCAUCUCGUCACCCAGAGACUCAACUCCCAGUGGCGGCAAGACAUGAGCAUAUCGCUGGCGGCUCUAGAACUGCUCUCUGGCCUGGCAAAGGUGAAGGUCUUGGUGGAUUCCGGAGACCGGAAACGAGCCAUCAGUUCUGUGUGUAGCUACAUUGUCUACCAGUGCAGCCGGCCAGCCCCUCUUCACUCCCGAGACCUGCACUCCAUGAUAGUGGCAGCCUUCCAGUGUCUCUGUGUCUGGCUGACAGAACAUCCUGAUAUGCUUGAUGAAAAGGACUGUCUUAAAGAAGUACUGGAGAUUGUGGAACUGGGUAUUUCAGGAAGUAAAUCCAAGAACAAUGAGCAAGAGGUCAAAUACAAAGGAGAUAAGGAGCCAAACCCUGCAUCCAUGAGGGUGAAAGAUGCUGCUGAAGCCACUCUGACAUGUAUUAUGCAGUUGCUUGGCGCAUUUCCUUCACCCAGUGGUCCUGCCUCUCCCUGCAGUUUGGUGAAUGAGACCACUUUGAUUAAAUACUCCAGGCUGCCAACCAUAAACAAGCAUAGCUUCCGGUACUUUGUCUUGGAUAACAGUGUCAUCCUGGCAAUGCUGGAGCAACCUCUUGGAAAUGAACAGAAUGAUUUUUUCCCCUCUGUCACUGUGCUGGUUCGGGGUAUGUCUGGAAGACUUGCUUGGGCACAGCAGCUUUGCCUUUUACCCAGAGGAGCAAAAGCAAAUCAGAAGCUUUUUGUGCCUGAACCUCGUCCAGUUCCUAAAAAUGAUGUUGGAUUUAAAUACACUGUGAAACAUCGACCAUUUCCUGAAGAGGUGGAUAAGAUUCCUUUUGUGAAAGCAGAUCUCAGCAUUCCAGAUUUGCAUGAAAUCAUCACUGAAGAAUUAGAAGAAAAACAUGAAAAGUUAAGGAAUGGCAUGGCUCAGCAGAUUGCUUACGAAAUACAACUUGAGCAACAAAGCGAGGAGGAGUUUCAGAAGAGGAGUUUUCCUGACCCAGUUACAGACUGUAAGCCCCCACCUCCCGCGCAGGAGUUCCAGACAGCUCGUCUCUUCCUUUCACAUUUUGGAUUUUUGUCAUUAGAAGCCCUGAAGGAACCUGCAAACAGUCGACUACCUCCUCACCUCAUUGCACUGGACUCCACUAUCCCUGGGUUCUUCGAUGAUGUUGGCUAUCUGGAUCUUCUGCCAUGUCGGCCCUUUGACACCGUUUUUAUUUUCUAUAUGAAGCCAGGUCAGAAAACAAACCAAGAGAUUUUAAAGAAUGUGGAGUCUUCCAGAAAUGUCCAGCCACAUUUUCUAGAAUUUUUGCUUUCCCUUGGCUGGUCAGUAGACGUUGGCAAACACCCUGGCUGGACUGGGCAUGUUUCUACCAGUUGGUCUAUCAAUAGUUGCAAUGAUGGUGAAGGACCUGAGCAAGAAGAAGUGGUUUCCUCUGAAGAUGUUGGAGCUAGCAUUUUCAACGGUCAGAAGAAGGUGCUGUAUUAUGCUGAUGCCCUUACGGAAAUAGCUUUUGUUGUUCCUUCUCCUGUGGAGUCCUUAACUGAUUCGUUAGAAAGCAAUAUCUCAGACCAAGAUAGUGAUUCAAAUAUGGAUCUUAUGCCUGGAAUUCUGAAACAGCCAACCUUGACACUUGAGCUUUUCCCUAAUCACACAGACAAUCUUAAUUCUUCACAGAGGCUCAGUCCCAGUUCCAGAAUGAAGAAGCUGCCUCAGGGUCGGCCUGUGCCUCCCCUUGGACCUGAGACAAGAGUUUCUGUGGUCUGGGUGGAACGCUAUGAUGAUAUAGAAAACUUUCCCCUAUCGGACCUGAUGACAGAGAUCAGUACCGGUGUGGAAACUACUGCAAAUAGUAGCACUUCUUUGAGAUCUACCACUCUUGAAAAAGAAGUUCCUGUUAUCUUCAUCCAUCCUUUAAACACUGGAUUGUUCCGGAUAAAAAUUCAAGGAGCCACUGGAAAAUUUAAUAUGGUCAUCCCUCUCGUGGAUGGGAUGGUAGUCAGCAGGCGAGCCCUUGGGUUUUUGGUGAGACAAACUGUGAUUAAUAUCUGUAGAAGAAAGAGACUGGAAAGUGAUUCUUACAGCCCACCACAUGUCCGCCGGAAACAGAAAAUCACCGACAUCGUCAACAAGUACCGGAACAAACAGUUGGAGCCAGAAUUUUAUACUUCACUUUUUCAGGAGGUCGGACUCAAGAAAUGCAGUUCUUAGGCCACUGUUCACCUCGGACUGUUGGACUUAUUUGGGGCUAUAAUAUCAAAGCAAAACAAUUUGAUAGGUGAUCACUGUAAAAAUAAAAGCAAAUCACUCCCCAAGAGCUCACUGUUUAAUCUCCAGAAUAGAAGAAACACAUCAUCAAUCCAUUUGACAGAAGCCUCUUGGCUGUCUAGUGAAAUGGGCUCUCAGACACAAUCAUCCUCAUGCUGGUAAUGAUGAUAGACAUUUUAGCCAUAAACUUUAUUUUAAAUGACAAUUUUAGUUAAAUAUAAGCCUUUUGAGAAGAAAGGCUUUUAUGCAUCUCAGUUAAACAUAUGCAUUGAUAGAAUCAAAUUUGCAAAUUAGAAGUUGAAGAUAGUUUUUUACCUCAGUUUUUAGGAGGUUGUGUUCAAAAUUAAAAUCUGUCUCAGAAUCAGACAUGCCAUUUAAAGGCCCAUGUUCAUAGCAUGGGGGAGAAGGAAAGAAAUCUGCUCACUGUUAGGGCCCUUUUCCUUCCAGCUAGCAAGGUGAGAGAAAAGAACAUAAAUGUUUCUUGCUCGGUUUGAGUAUGAAAAAAAGUCUAACCGUACAAUAUUUUAUGUUUUUCUCUCCAUGUUUCAAAAAAUGAUCAUUCUCAGAAGUGCACAGAUCUGUCUGAAUGCCUCGGUUUUGGGGUACCCGGGAAAAGAUCCAAAUUGUAGGCGUGGCCUGCCUUUAAUGGAGAUAAAAAUGGAAUUUCGAGUGUAAAGGCUGUAAGAGGGCAGUGAUGACCCCACUCUUCCAUUACUGUCUGGCUUGGUAACAUAAAUGACAGGUUAAAUGUCUGUUAACUUCUCAGUAAUUUGUUGGCUGAAUAAUCAGAAAUGUAGAUACACAAGGGUUAAAAAUUGUUUGGGUUUUUUUCCCACUGUCUCUUACUUCAGGACCAAGCAGGAAACAGUAGCAUAUUUCUGCAGGAUUGUAAUUUGGGGUUCAGGUAGUAGUCUCUCAGUGCUACUCAUUUAGAUCUCUCCCAAGAGUGACUGGAUUCCAUCCGAUGGACAUAACGUUAGUGACCACCGCCUUGUGUGGCUGCUGUUCCAGCUGGUUAGGAUUGUUGUUUCCUGGACUUUGCCAGCUGAAGGCACAACAAAUCCCUCCCGGGGCUUUGAAAUCAUUUCUGUUACCUCGCUGCUACUUUUCUGCCAGGGGUAAAAAUUUUGAGGUGUCCAGACCCAGGAGAUCCUCACAAGGAUUCCUGUUACAAUGCUAGAGUGUACACUGCUCAUUUCUCCUACUCUUAUGUGCUUUCUUCUUUACUAAGUGAUUUAUGUUUAGGAAAUAGGUGACAACACUUAAAGUCCAAAGAGGUGAUCACAGAUGUAGCCAGGAUGUCUUCCCACUUGAACCCUAAUGUCAGUAGAUUCUGUAAGUCAAGGUUGUAGUGGUUGAUUUGGUUUGGUGUUUUGGUAGUUUAAUUAGAGGGGUUGGGGUAGAAUAGGACCUAAUUCCCUGUGCAGAUAUUUCUGUUCCAGAAGUCUGUAUUUUGUCAUCUGCGAGCAAGAAGUGUGGGCAUAGCACUGCUCUUGGUUUGAAAUUUGCUGUAUCCUUUUGUUCGUGUUUGUUUUAAGCUCAGGUAAAGGUAGCUUCCUCCUAUGACUCCAGUUUCCAUUCAGGGUAUAAUGUUAUUCAAUAAUUGAUUUUUUUUUCAAUCUGGGCAAUAAAUUAAUGUUUCCAGAUGGUAGCAUGGGGGGAGGGAGAAACAUGAUAAAGGUUAACAAAGCGUUACUGUAUAUUUCAGUAAUUCAGCAUGUACAGGGUAAGGUUUUACAACUUCGAUAGAAUUUUCAACUUGACAUUUCAAGGGCAAAAUGGUCCCUUGUUCUAGUGGAAAUGAACAAUAGAGGCUAUAAAUUCAUAUGCAACUUAUAACAUUCCAGAGGUUAAAAAUAACUGAUGUAGGUGUACUUCCUUCACGUGGUUCUUUAGAUAAGAUUGUUCUCUUGGUAUAGUUUUGCUGUCAGAAUGCACGGUGGGUGCAUAUUGGGGCCAGGCUUGCUGCGGGAUCUGAAUGGCUUCGGCGAGUGGACAGCUCUGUUGGAUGCAGCCUGUGAGCUGGAGCGCUCUUCCUCAGAAGGCGGAUGGAUUCCAGAAGUGCAGCCCGAGGGCAGGAAGCUCCAGUGUGUACCGUGCUGACAGAAAGUGGGGUACAUGACUUCCUCAGGUGCUGGUUGCUUCUGCUCAAAACUAACUUCUCCUAAAUGUGAUGAAACUCCUAGGACCUUUCAUGAGUGUGGGUUUGAGUUCUGGUCACUAGGUUCACCCAGCUGCCUUUGUGAAAAGUUACCGAGCAGAAUAAUGCCAGAGGACCAUUUCAGUCCCCAGGAAUACCCACCACCACCCCCUCCCCCCGCUAGUAAAUAGGUGAACACACAUUCGUAGCCUUUGGAAGCCACAACCGGUCUGGUCAGCUUACACAGUUCAGUUGCUACGUGUGACAGGUGCUCCGGGGUGAAUGAAUGUGGCAUUUAGUGACAAAGUGUGACCCAAGGGACAGAGGCCGGUUGCCUCUCCUGGCCCUCUCUCACAUUUGGGGAACAGGGGCCUCCGUCCUUUCCUUUCUUAGAAGCCUGAGAAUUGCGAGGAGGAAUUUUGCUUUUAUGGCCCUUGUUCAUCCAGCUCUCCUUUCUGUCCUGUUUCCUCCUGCGUUUCUUCCCUUUUGUCCAUUGACCUUUCGAGAAGAAAAGCUGGGAGUGAGAGGAGGCGUCCCGUCCUGCCCUGGCCAUUCCCGAGCACCCGCACGCACCAUGCUGUCCUCCACUCGCAGGCUCUUGUGGGCAGGUGGCCCGCCCUCCUCGGGACUCACUUACAAACCAUACCUACACCUCGGCUCGCAACGCCGCUUGCCCCUAGGUUGUGUGUGUGUGAGCGGCCUCUCUUGAAGGGUCGCAUUUACAGAUACCGGAGAAUCUAUUUGUAGGGCUCUGCAGACUGAUUUUCAGAGAGGCAGAGCGUCUCCCACAGAACUCAUUUCUAUUAGAAGGUGAAACUUUACCCAGAGUGGGAACCAACCUAGCUAACGACGUCGGGUGGUAGAUGAGAGAGACGGAGGUGACGUGACACUCCUGCGCGCUGGAGUUCUCCCUGCGGUUCAGACCCAGUCAGGUGAUAUCUUCCUACAGAUAUGUUUACAUGAAGCAGGAAGUUCAGUUCCCUGGUCUGUUGGAAGGAUUCCCAUGACAGCCUCUUUUCCGGAGAGAGAUUGGAGGUGAGCCUGCCGCUCGGUGUGGAAUCAAGUUGGGGAUCUCGGUAGCUAAAGAAGCCAUGUACUGUAUAGUGUUUUUCUCAGAGUAUCAACUCACGUUCUUCAGAUGCUUUUCUUUUUUUUUAAUGGUGAGGGAAAAGGUAUCAUUUGGGAUUCCACAGUGCCUUGCAUCCAGUAGGCGCCCAAUAAAUAUUUGUUGAAGCAAACCCAAGUUUCCCAAGUCCUUGUCUCUUGCAAUGACCAAGAACAUCUUUCUUCUCCGAAGGGCUUGGCAGUUGUGGCUAAAAAAUACACAGUAUCAUUAUUUGCUUGAAAUCAUAUAUACAGUUUGUAUGAAUUUCGGUAUGUUGCCAAGACAUGAUCUUUUUCUUAUUGUAUUUUCUGUAAAUAUUUCUGGCACUGAACUGUAAAGGCGAAAUGUAAAUAGGAAGGUGUCCUGUGUCCCCGCGCCGCCUGUGUUUUCUUGCCGGUUAGGGAAGAGGCCCAGAGGUUUGUUUGUAUUUAUGCCGACCCUUUGUCCAGAAGAAAACCAUGGAAUAUUGAAUGUAAUACAUUUAGUCAAUUAAAUUUUAAGGAGAUUCUUAUCUAA